AUGCUCAUCGCCUUCUUAAUGAAAAGAUAUUAUACAUUUCGGUUAAAAAUGUAUUGCUCCAAAAAUAAAAAUCAAGUAGAUUUCGUAGCUCAAAGUAAAUCGCUCUAAGUAUUAAAUAUUCGGAUUACUUUAAACCAACUGUAAUGCUUUCAUCCCCAGGUUCAUCUCUUUCCUAAUUAUAUAUAAAAAUAUUUUUUAAACCUCUUAUUCCCCAUAGGUAAAACGAUGAAGAAAGAUAGAUAGACUACUAAAUACUAAGCUAAAGAUUAGAGAUAUAAAUUAAGUAUAAGAAUAAAUCUAUGA